AUGUCUUACCAACAACAACAGUGCAAGCAGCCCUGCCAGCCUCCUCCUCCUUGUCCUCCCCCUAAGUGCCCAGAGCCUUGUCCUCCUCCACAGUGCCCAGAGCCUUGUCCUCCCCCAAAGUGCCCAGAGCCCUGCCCCCCUCAGCCAUGCCAGCAGAAAUGUCCUCCUGUGCAACCUCCUCCAGCCUGCCAGCAGAAGUGCCCACCCAAGAGCAAGUGA